UUUCGGCAAAACCCUAGAACAGAAACCCAAUCGCUCCCCAACCUCCUCCUUACACAAAGCAGAAGAGACUCGAAAAGCAGAGGAGGCGAAUCGCCGACUGAGGUAAAAUUUCAAUCUCCAUCCGCUCGAAUCCCAAGAACCCUUUACGCAUUGCGCCCAUCGCUGUGCUGGGAUCCAUUCCGAUUCCACAAAUGUUCAGAGUUUCAGCUAAAAAUCUCUUCUUGUUCGCCCAAAGGCGCUUUCUUGAAACCACGGCCGCGCUCCUUAAACCUCCGAAGUCGCCGCCGCCGCCUUCUUCCUCAUCGGCAUUGGUUGAUUGUCUCGUGAAAUCGCUUGAUCUUCCUUUGGAGUCCGCUGUUUCCGUCGCUCAGAAACUCGGUGCCCACCAAAAUGGCGUCGAAAAGGCCGAUUCCGUGCUCAGGUUCUUGCGUUCCCGCGAAUUCGGCAAAGCCCAGAUGGCCAAAUUGGUCACUAAUACACCGUCGCUCCUCCUGUCGAACGUGGAAUCGAAUCUCAAGCCGAAGUUGGAGUAUUUCCGUGAAGUCGGAUUAUCGGAAUCGGUCUUGCUCGCUACAAUAGCUGGGAACAGUAAGUUCUUUUGGAGAAGCUUGAACUCGUACUAUAAACCGCAGAUUGAAUUCCUCAAGAAGUAUCUGAGGACCUCCGGUGCGUUGGAUGUUGCGAUUAAGCGCUGUUCAUGGCUUUUAACUGUUGACCGCAAGUACCUUUUGGAACCUAAUAUCGAUCUCUUGAUAAGGGAGGGAGUGAGAUUUGAUGAUAUAGCGAUUCUGAUGCUGUAUCAACCUAGGACAUUAGUGACGAAGGUUGAGAAGGUGGCUUCUUUUGUUGAAUCCGUCAAGGGUCUUGGAAUGGAACCGUCCUCUACGAGCUUCAUACAUGGUCUCAGGGUGAUGUCGUCGAUGAAUGAAUCGACUUGGAAUAAGAAGGUAGAGAAUUUCAAGAGUUUGGGUUGGUCUCAAGAGGAUUUCUUGUCAAUGUUUGUGCGUUGCCCGCACUGUUUGGCUCUUUCCGAAAAGAAGAUUAGGAGGACAGUGGAUUUUUAUCUAAACACAGCAUCUAUAGCCCGAGAGGUUAUAGUCAGUCAGCCUCUACUUCUUCUGUUUUCAGUCGACAAAAGGCUUCGGCCAAGGCAUGGUGUGAUUACAUUUUUGUCGUCCAAGGGCCUUCUUAAAGUGGACAAACCCGUUGUAACGCCGUUUAGACUAACUGAGGAGUUGUUCAUGAAGAGAUACGUGAUGAAGCAUGUGGAACGAGUUCCGCAUCUGAUGGAGAUAUACAGGGGCUCUGCCACUGCACAAUAGAGUAUUUAAUAGAAAAUCAGGGGUCUUAAAUUGAUCUUCUCUACACAAGCUGAUCGUUGUGUUCCUGACCUGUCUAUUUGUUUGGAUGCCUGAUUGAAUGCUCACAUCAAAGCCGGAGGCAACUCGAAACUCCCCAUGCACUUGUAUCCGAAUUUUUGUGAUAGAGAUUGAAUUAGAAGAUGCAUGGAUCUGUCGUGAGCUGUGGGCCAGACUUUGAAGACAGUUCUCAGCAUCCAUCGCCUCCAUCUCGUUCCAAUGGUGCUAAAUUAGAUUCAGCAAAACAUUCAUGUUAUGAAAUCUAGUCGAAUGGACAAGUAGGGAUUGACGUGUCCAUCAUGUGAUUCUGCAUCAGGUAUCUUUAAGGGCGAAGUUCCAAAGGUUGAAGGUUAUAUUAUAAACUCUGGAUCUGCAAAACUGUGCCCAAUUGUGGCUAGCGGAUUGUUUAGCAAAAGAUCCGGGAUGUGCGCCGGUUCAGUUGUUUAGUUGGGGAAGAAACAAAUUUUCGGUGCCCUGCAGUCUGCGCUUCCAUUUGCAUCUUCUUCUUCUUCUUCUGGCUAGACAAUGCAUAAACACGAUGAUAUAUCAAUAACAAAAGUAUACUAAGAAAUCUCAGUUUUAGCUUAGAUUUCUUUGUAUCUAGAGCAUUUCUCCUGACAAGUUUUUGGAAGAUUUCUCAACGUAUAUGAUAUUUCUCAUCAGUCAGAACAUGAUGUCUGAUUGCAUCUCAUUUGGAAGACAA